AUGAAAUCGAUUGUGUACUGUCACUACGUGCUAUACGACUGGAACUGGGUUUGGAAUAGAAGGUCGCCAGCUGCACGGGAAGUGAGAGAGGACUUGAGGAGGUGGAAGCCGCUGGAGGAGGGGAUGACGUGGAGCCAAGAAACUUGGAGGCAGCCAGCUAACACCUGGUCCAAAGAGCUUGUCAGAGAGGUAGUGAAUCUUGGAUCAGAGCGGAGAUCUUUGCCAGCACUUGGGGUCAGGUGUCACAGGAGGCCUAGGAAGGAUCACACAAGAGAGUCCUCUUCAGACGUCAAACUGGCAACCAUAGCUGCAAAGAAGAGCAAGAAGGCUGAGGAUGAGGAGCAACCAGCAGCUCCAACAGCAGCAGCAGCAGCAGCAACAACAACAACAGAGGAAGCGGCUCCAGCAGAACCAGCUCCAGCAGCUCCAGAGGAGGAGGAAGAGGAGGAGUAUGUUGUAGAAAAGGUUCUGGACCGCCGUGUGGUGAGGGGCAAAGUAGAGUUUCUGCUGAAAUGGAAGGGUUUUUCAGAUGAAGACAAUACAUGGGAGCCAGAAGAGAACUUGGACUGUCCUGACCUCAUCGCAGAGUACAUGCAAAAACACAAAGAAAGAGAGGAGAAAAAGAAGGAGAGCAAGAGGAAAGCUGCCAGCGAGGCAUCUGGAGAUGCAGAGGAACGAGCAAGCAAGAAGAAAAAGGAGGAGGGUGACAAGGCCAGAGGAUUUGGCAGAGGACUGCAGCCUGAGAGGAUUAUUGGAGCCACUGACUCAAGUGGAGAACUGAUGUUUCUAAUGAAGUGGAAGAACUCUGAUGAGGCUGACCUUGUCCCAGCCAAAGAAGCCAAUGUUAAAUGUCCCCAGGUGGUGAUCUCUUUUUAUGAGGAGCGUCUGACAUGGCACUCUUAUCCCACAGAAGAAGAGGAAAAGAAGGAGGAAGAAAAAAAAGACUAGGGGAUAAGAGGAGGUACAAACAGGGUGAAAAGGAAGUGUGGCGAUGCAGGGCAGGAAAUCAGCUACACACCAGUUGACUGUUAAGUUUCAGUGACGCUGACAUUCAAUUUUCUGCACCAACAGUAUGGGGAUCAACAGCUCUCAGUGUAGGCGACAGAAAAUCUGUUUUCCUGCCCUGCAAGGAGUAGAGUUCUCAAAAGAUGUUCCCACCUGUUUGUCAUUGUAAUGGUUUAUUUUGAACAGGCAUUGUAGUGCCUGGGUUCAGUUUUCCACUUACCAAGAAUGUGUUGAUUGGUGCCUUCAACAAGUAUUCCUUCAGACCACGGAGUAUCUAAUUGAAUUCAGUGAAAAACAAAUGUUACAUUUACAUGAUAAGCUGUAAAGUUCCCCCUUUAAACAUGUCUGUUCAUGAAUUAAACAAAUUCAGUGUUUAAUAUAAGGCUAGGUUUCUCCUCUUUACUGAUCUUCGUUUAGUUUUUUUUUUUUAAGUGUACAGUCGAUGGUGAUGACGCCGUUGCAGACUUUGUCCUAACCAGGAAAUAUAGGUGGGAACUUCUUUUAAACAGUAGAAAAGCAGUUUGUGUUAGAACAGAGAGAUUGAAAUCAUUUUUCUCUUUCCAUAUGUCUCAGUAUAUGUCUGCUUUCUCAUUCAGAAAUACCAUUGAUCUGAUCACCCAGUUGGUGAAUAUUUUACUCUAAAAUGGACAGUUUCAGUGAAAUCACCUGUUUUAUGUUCUUCCAGUCUUUGAGGUAAAUGACUCUGAAGAUGGUCUGUAGUGGGUUUCACUAGAGUUAGGGCAUGACUCAAGCUAUGUUGACAAAUGUUCAUUUAAAACAAAUGUUUAAUGUUCACUUAUACUCAGCCCCACAUCUGUUUUCUAGGUUGUAAAAUCUUAGCAUGCACUGCUAGGCAACACUCAAGACAUCUAGUAUUUCUAACCUGCAGACAUGUUUUUAACCUGCUGAGAUGAGACUAAUGUAGUGGAUAAAAUAUGUCAGAGUAAUGUUUGCUUUGUGGUUUCUGUCAAAUUUUUCCAGUAUGUGGUAAAUGGAGGCCAGCUGUGCAUUUCUUUAUAUACUGUAAUAGUGUUGUAGCUUUCUUUGAUGUCACAUUUGGAUCUGCUGGAUUAGAUUUCUUCUUUCAACGGGGUUUGUUUUGCUUGACCUUUAUUGGAAACCAUGCCUUUUAAUACCUAAAAAUCCUGAAUGCAUGUAUUGCACCUUCAUCCAUUUCCAUUUUGAAGAUUAGUUUCAUAACUAGUUACCCAUGCUGACUCAACUUAAAGUUGUUUAGAAUUUCAUAAAUUUAUUUUGUUGUUCCAGUUGGAUUGUAGUUGUCAUUGCUUUAGUUCUUCUAUGAUUUAUAUUUUUGCAUCCCAUCUAUCAGCAUUUUCAAUAUAGUUUCCUACAUUUUUGACCGAAUGGCCUCUCACCUCUAUUCUAUUAAUCACACUCUAUUCAUCUGUGCUAUGUAAUUUUUGUUUUAUUAUUUUAUAUCUUUUUUUUGUACCUAGUGGAUUAGCUUGUUGAUCUGUUGCAUGUCUGUUGAUCUACUUUUAAAUGCUCAUUUAAACAAUAAAGAAUUUGGGAU